ACAGACCCAAAUAUAUGUGUUUUAUUUGCGUGGCUUGGUGAGCGUGUAUUGUACUCUGCAGUAGUGCAUGUGUGUGUAGAUUAUUUUGAACGGAAGCCGAUCAAGAUUCUGCAGCAGCAUCAAACAAACAAAAAAAAAAUAAAAGAAAAUCAAAGACAAAAGAAAAAGAGUUGCGCAGCGCGCGCUCUCUGCUCGUCUCGGCAGCAGUAGAUAAAUAAAAUGGCACAAUGCUGUGAGACAACAACAGCGGCGACAAUGUCCUCACGCUUUGGCAGCGUCGCCGUCGCCGCUGUCAGCUCCAGUUCCAGACAGACGACGCCGCUCCCCGCAGUUGCUGCCGCCGCCGCCUCAACAACGUUGCUAUCGCCUACAGCAGCAACAACAACAACAACAACAGCAACAGCAGCAGCAGCUAUCGAGCAACAACAGUUGUCCAACACUGGCAAUUCAAAGCAAAUACUUUACUUUACAGCAAGCCAAAACAACAGCAGCUACAACAACAACAACAACGACGGCGAGGACAGCGACAAGGACUUUGAUGAGGACACUGUAGGCACUUUACCAACAACAACAACAGGAACAGGAGCCAAGAAGUCAUCAAACCCCAAACAGUCUCUUCAAUCUGUCCGCAACUUGAGAACUCCGCUCCCCCGCUCGACCACAUUCACCACCAACUCCUCCACCUCGUCCUCGUCCUCAUCCACGUCCUCUUCCCCGUCCUCAUCCAAUUCGAGGGAGCUACUUUGCAGCUGCUGCAGCAGCGAUCCAACAACAGCGACAAGCGAGUCGCUGCUGCAAGAACAACUGCAGCAAAAGCAACAGCACGCCGCAGUUGCCGCCGCCUCAGCGGUGCUAGCCAAGCAUCUGGUACGCUCCGUGACCGCCACCAGCAUCAUGGACAUGCCCUAUAACACCUCGCCAUCGCUACGCGUGCGCACCACCUCAUUGAAUCAGCUGAAGAAGACCGCCGAUCUGGCGAUCGAGAAUGAGCUGCAUGUCUGUCCCUCGGUCAUGUCCGAUGAGUUGCGUAAACUCCUGCCACCCACCUCGGAAACGGUGAUGACGAAACCCUUUCCCAUUCGGGGUGAACGCACCAUCGCGGACUGUACGACACCGCAUGUGAUCGCGAUGGUUGGACUGCCGGCGAGGGGCAAGACAUUCAUAUCGAAGAAGUUGGCGCGUUACCUCAACUGGAUUGGGAUUGCGACACGUGUGUUCAAUUUGGGCGAGUAUCGGCGGCAUGCAACCACCGCGUACAAGUCGCACGAAUUCUUUCGCGCCGACAACGAGGAAGCGAUGGCCAUCCGGAAUCGUUGCGCCAAUCAGGCGCUCCACGAUUCCUGUGAAUGGCUGUUGAGUGGUCUCGGUAGCAUUGCGGUAUUCGAUGCCACCAACUCGACGCAUGAUCGUCGUCAGCUCAUCUAUGACAUUGUGGUUAAACAGCACGGCUUUCGUUUGUUCUUUGUCGAAUCGAUUUGCGAUGAUCCCCAGAUCAUUGAACAGAAUAUCCUCGAGGUUAAGGUCAGCUCACCCGAUUACAUCAACAUGAACACCGAACUGGUUGUACGCGAUUUCCUCCAGCGCAUCGAACACUACGAGGAACGCUAUCAACCCAUCGACGAGGUGGCCGAAUCCCAUCUCAGCUUCAUGAAGGUCUACAACGCGGGCAAAAAGGUCGUUGUCUACAACAACGAGGGUCACGUCGAAUCACGCAUCGUCUACUAUCUGAUGAACAUUCACAUUACGCCGCGCACCAUCUAUUUGACCCGACACGGCGAGAGUGAGCACAAUUUGAGCGGUCUGAUCGGUGGCGACUCGAAUCUCAGCUCUCGGGGACAUCAGUAUGCUCGGGCCCUGUCCUCGUUCAUAUCGCAGCAACAGAUCGACGGGCUGCGUGUGUGGACGUCGUGGAUGAAGCGGGCCAUACAAACGGUGGCGGAUGUCAAGGCGCCCCAGGAACGCUGGAAGGCAUUGAACGAGAUCGAUGCGGGACACUGCGAGGAGAUGACCUAUGAGCAGAUUAAGGAGAAAUUCCCCGAGGAAUUCAAGGCGCGCGAUGUGAACAAGUUUGCCUAUCGCUAUCCCCGUGGCGAGAGCUACGAGGAUCUUGUGGCUCGCCUCGAGCCGGUUAUCAUGGAACUGGAGCGUCAGGGCAAUGUCUUGGUCGUCUCGCAUCAGGCGGUCUUGCGAUGCCUCUUUGCCUAUUUCCUGGACAAAUCGGCCGAUGAGCUGCCCUAUUUGUAUGUGCCGCUGCACACGGUCAUCAAACUGACACCGGUUGCCUACGGUUGCAAGGUGGAGCACAUUAAGUUGCCCAUCGAUGCGGUGGAUACGCAUCGUCCCAAGCCCAAAAUACCCGGUGAUGUUAGUGAGCCGGGACUCGAUGGACUCAGCGGUGAGCUGGUGGCGCCCGAUGGCGUCGGCAAGGUGCUCAUUGUGGGCGAUGAUGUGGCAACGGCAACGGCAGCGGCAACCAACGGUAACAGCGGCGGUGGACGCGGGGAGGCGGCUCAAUGACGUUGCCUUCCUGCCGCCAAAGCAGCCAAAUCCAAGACCCUCUAAACAAAAAUCAAAAAAAAAAGAGAAGACCGAAAAAAAAUUCCCCUCGCAGCAGCGCUGGACUGUUGCUGUGUUAACCCCACGUGUGUCCUCCACUUAACCCCCGUGUGCCUCUUGCCCCACAUCUCCCACAUCAACAACAACAACAAGAAAAAUCUGCGUCCUAGUUUUUAACAAGUUUUUACUUAAUUUUGAUUAUUCGAUUGCAUUGUUUUAUGUAUUUUUUGUUUCGUUCUCGUUUUGUCUCUUAAAUCAUACUAAAUUGUGAUCAAUUUACUAUGCAUAUGUAUACUAUAUAUAUAUAUAUAUACGUAUAUGAUGUGUGUAUGCAAUGUGUAACUUAAAUGGAAUGACUUUGACUCUGUUUUAUAUAUUAUAUAUCGAUGUACUUUAUACGAAACGAACUUAAGAUUGAAGAUGCAAGUGUGUGAGAAAGUAAAAAUAUAUUACACUAGCUUUAUACGCAACAAAUGGAAAUUAAUGAAAUUAACAUUUAUACAAAUACAACAACAAUUUUCGAUUAAAAAUCUUUAUGUACACACAGCACACACACACACACGCACCAUUUUUAUUAUUUGGAAUUUUAUAUACAUAUAUAUGUGUGUGUGUGUGUGUGUGUUAUAUUUUUUCUAAACAUAAUCGCAAUUUUCAAUAUAUACAUUGUAAUAUUUAAGAAACAAUUAUAUGCAAACUAUAUAUUAUAUAUUAUUAACACGAGAACGAAAAAAUAAUGAUUUCGAUGGAAAGAUAUAUCUUUAAAAAGCGUUCCUCGUCUAUAUUGCGUUCCCUCUUCUAUUACUUUUUACUUUCUUCUUUUUGAAUAUUGUAUAUUCUAUUUAGUGUUUAGCUUGGGCUGUAAUCGUUGUCUCUGUGUGCGUCUUAUUUUCAACUAAUCGGAAUUUGAUGCGUUUACAAAACGAAGACAUUAUUCUUAUAAUUAUUAAAUAUAGACAUAUAUAUCUAGAUACUUAUACAAAAAGAAACAUACAUAAAUAUAAAUUUAACCCCCCAAUAUUGUCAUGACAAUUAUCAAUAAAUGUGUUAUCAAUCAAGCAGAAAAAUAAAAAAAAAACGAAC